AUGAUCACUACCAUCACUCCUUCCCCUAUGAACAUAAGUAGUUUACUUUGCCGUCAACCACUUCAUAUUACAGAAUUAUUACAAAAUCACUCAGAUCCGAGACUUUCAUUCCUUAAAGAUGAUGAAAAAAAACAAGAAACUAGACGUGUGGAUAUUAGUGAUUUUGAGAACGAGUACAACGAAAAACAAUCAGAUGAAGAAAAGAAAAAAUAUUUGGGACAAAAAGAACUCGAAUUAUUUUUAAAUAAAGAUCAGGACAUGCAUGAAAUACUUGGUGAUUUUAUAUAUAUACUUCCGAUAGACCUCGAUCAAUACAAAUUAAAGAGCACUUCAGAAAAAAAGAAGAAUCACAGUGUUACAAGCGAAGAGUACAAGAAUUUUAAGGAAUAUAUCUGCGAAAUCUUGGGAAUAGUCGCGCCAAAUAAUGCAUAA